CUGGCAACCCAGAAAAGGGGCGGACAUAACCGGUUUCGGUGCUCAAAACCCCUCCGUCUGUGAUUUUUCCAAACAUAUCCGCUGAACAGGAAGGAUUUUGUGGCGCAUAAACAUCGCAUUGUCUAUUUUUCUGAAACAAAACAAAAACAAAAACAAAAACAAAACGGUGCGCGUGAGCUGAGAGACUGAGUGCAACAUCAGUACCAAAGUGCAGCAUCCUCCACAUCAGUCAUCUUCUGCUUCCUGCUUUAGUCAAUUCAUCUGAUUAGCAGAGAAUGAGUGAAGAGGAGAACCCCGCUGCUGAACCCGGACAGGUCCUGGACGUCCAGGGUGAUGGACGCUGGAUGUCACAGCACAACCGCUUCGUGCAGGAGUGUAAGGAUGCCGAACCUGACGUGCUGUUUGUAGGGGACUCCAUGGUUCAGCUGAUGCAGCAAUACGAGGUGUGGCGGGAGCUCUUUUCUCCACUCCACGCGCUCAACUUCGGGAUCGGAGGAGACACGACGUGCAACGUUCUGUGGAGGCUGCAGAACGGAGAACUGGAGAACAUCAGGCCACGGGUGGUGGUGCUGUGGGUAGGAACCAAUAAUCACGAGCACACGGCGGAGCAGGUUGCAGGGGGAAUCGUGACCAUAGUACAGCUGCUCAUCUCGCGCCUCCCCAAAGCCAAGAUCGUCGUCCUGGGUCUGUUACCCAGGGGCGAGUUCCCGAACCCUCUGAGGGAGAAAAACGCAGCAGUAAACUCUUUCCUGCGCUGCGCUCUCCCUCGACUCGGACCUGUGCAGUUCCUGGAUGUGGGCGGCAGCUUUGUGCACUCGGACGGCACCAUUUCCUGCCGGGACAUGUUCGACUUCCUGCACCUGACGGCCGGCGGGUACGGUGCCAUCGCCACGCCCCUGCAUGAGCUGCUGCUCCAGCUGUUGGAGGAGACACCGCAGGAGAGGCGGGCCUCGCUCGUGUGAGGGAGACGUCUGGACCACAGCAGCGUUCAGAGAGGCAGGGUUUCGUUCUUUAAGUGGAACACGUACAUCAUUACAUAAUAUAUGGGGAGCGUAAGAGAGAGAGAGAGAGAGAGAGUCAUAAAUGUUGGCAAAAUGUGAAAAAAGUGAGAACCUUCUUUGCUAAUUCUCAGAAAUGUGUGUGUUUUAAUCAAUUCUUUUUUUUCUAAUGUGCUUUAAUUUAUUUAAGUAUUUCUUGAGUCUAUGGCAAAGUCUUCACAAAUAUAUAUCUAUAUAUACAACACUGAGCACUGUGUGUGUGUGUGUGUGUGUGUGUGUUAGCUGCCUCAGCAAACUGGACAAUAAACAAUGCCACCCUGUGCUGCUUUAAUGCUUUAGUGUAGCACUGAUACUGCCAGCUUCUUACACACGUUUCCAGAAGAAUCUGUUCAGUAUAUAAUGACGAUGGAUGCUAUAUUUCAAAUCACACACACACACACACACACACACACACUGUAUACCUAAAAAAGUCAUAUUUACACAGUGUUUAGCAGCUGGAGCUACAAGGCUAAUGUAGCUAACAACUAAUACGUAAUACUAGUACGUCCAGCUCACCCACUCUUUUCUAUAAAUAAAUGUCUAAAUCUUUCUCCGCUUGCUUUACACUGCAGCUUCGAGCUCCGUGAUUUCAUUUUCAGACUAAAAUCUAAGAAAAGAGCAAAGUUAGUAAAGAUUCAGAGUGGAACUAUGUUAGCAUACACUACCUUUUUAGCUUUUUCGGUACUUUUCUACCUUCAACAUUUGAAGCCUACGAGAAAACCAACGAGAUUUUGUGCAAACUGCGCUGAGUAGCAGAAAUGUACCCCAAAAGUGGACGUUCUUCAGAUAUAUAAUUCUAUUAAUUGUUAGCUACAUUAGCCCUGCAGCUAAUCACUACACUUAGCCUCUCUCUCUCAUUGGCCUCCAUCUUUUUUUGUUUUUACAGAGUAGCUUGAAGUAAUUUCUCCUGCCAUUUCCUGGCAUCAGGAAAAACGACCAUACUGUGUGUGUGUUUGUGUAUGUAUGCGUGUGUAUCUGUGUGUGUGAGUGAGAGAGAGAGAGAGAGAGUGUGUGUGUUAUAUACAGAGACAGAAUCCAUAUAUCCAUAAAAUAUUUUAAAAUUCAUAAGACUGAAUGUAUAAAAUGUGUGCGUGUGUGUGUGAACUCCCUGUCUGUAUAUACACCGUCAAUAAACGCCUGCAUAGCUGUUUGUGUACAUGAAAAUCUGCUAAUGUUUCAUGUCAGCCAGUGAGUGUUAGCUUAGCCGCACAGCCACACGCCCAUGAUUGUGUGUAACUUUCCAUUAAAGGAGGAGGAAUGUCA